UGGGAAGUUUUGGAUCAUUUACCCAUUCCAUAGAUCUUGGUUUGCUUUUAUCUAUUUAAGAUUCAUAAAACGUUUGGUUUAAUGCGUUUGAUGAUCUUAGUCACAAAAUGCACCAAAACUAGCGCAUUGCUGAGUUCAUAUUAAUUAGUUCAUUUAGUUCUAAUUGCAUACACAAAACAAUAUUUCAUCCAAAUUGUGUUUUUUUUCUUUGUUUCUAUAUUGACACCAAAGGCACUAUGGAAAUUAGAUUGUAUGCCUAACAAAAAAAUUAUAAAAAUCUAACAGUUUUACCUAAUUAGCUAGAGUAUACGAUAUAUUAUGUGUAAAUGUUAUUUUGCCUUUAUAAUCAUGAAUUAACCAACAAUCUGGUAAGAAAUACAUAAUAAAAUAAUUAUUAAAUAAUUGUAAUUAGUAUAUCAUGUCUCAUCCAGCAUUCUGGCCUUUGUUUAAGUGUCUUCUGCCUUUCUUGUCCUCGGUAGUUUCGGUUAAUGGAAACUUUAUAAAGAGGUUGAGGCUGUUGAUUCUCCAAUGAAGGUUCAAUUGAGCAGGGAGCUUAAUUUCCAGACGUUUGUUUGUUUGCUUCUUUGUUGGUGUAUGGUGUUAGGCUUGUGAGUUCUGGUUUGGUUUUUUGAACUGAAGGUUCAGGAAAUCUUAGUCUUGUGUCGUUGUGAAAGCCAUUGCAUCGCUGUUUCUUCUUGUGCAGUUCGCAGCAAGUUGUCCGGCUCGUCAAAGUUCAUAAGUCUUAUCUAGGAGGAGUAGUGUCGAGUCUCUCUAGGAGGCUGUCUUUGGUUAUCUAACCGACGGUAACCGCGUCGAUCAUCAUGACGUUGCUUCUCAGCUUCAAUUUGAUGAAAUACAAUUCGUUGAGUGAUGCCCAAGAUUCUGUCCUUAGGAAUGGGAGCGUUCCUAGGCCUGGAGGGGAAGUCUCUGUCCUCAUGAAAGCGUGAGAAGCACGUAAAACAGUGUUUUUCAAUUAUGAAGUGUUCAAACUCCACUUCAGUAGUUUCUCCAGAAGGUAGGAGGAUAUCCAUAGUCAUUUCUAGAGGUUGGAGGCCGUUAAUGUCGACUCUGAGUGACAUCUUUAGUGGAGACAUCCCCAAGUUCCUUUCCAAUAGCAUGAAUCGCCUGUUCCAUCCAGUAGAAUAUAGAUUAUAGAAAUGUAACUAUAAUUCUUAUUAUAAAUCAGAGAAUUAUAUUAAUGUCCGCACAUCGUACAUCUAGUUAUAUUUUUUUUAAAUACCUAAUUCACCUAGUAAUGGUUUUCUUUUGUCGACGCUAGGAUAUUGGAUUCAUGAAUCGUGAUGUGUGAAUGAUUGCCACGUUACGUAACAAAAAAGUUACUUAGUUUUGUUUUAUAGUACAUUAAAAUAAUAUUCCAGACUGUUUCCAUUUGAUAAGGAAUAAGUUCAAAAACUCGAGAGUGAAUAUGAACAGAUUCGGACAGUUUCAAUUUAAUUCAAAAAGUGUUUUUCAAAAAAAUAAUUACUUAAAAGAGGAAAGAAAAGGACACUCUUAUCUCUGGCGAUCAAUGAUUACAGGCACUGAAAACCAUAAAGAUAACGCUCACUUUUACCACCUGAUAAUUAUUAGACAGUUAAGAUAAUCACAAGUUAAUUAAGGAUCCUAAAUUCACAUUUUUAUUCUUUUCGAACCAGAGUAACAACUUUUUUGAUAAAUGGUUUCAGUCAGAGAUCAGUUAACAAUAUUUUUAGAUAGCUCAUAUUUAAUCAAACAAAAGGUUACAUAAAAUAUUAACUAAUGAGUACCAAGACACUAGAAUUCGUCUUUAAGCACUAACAAUUUAAAAUUUUAGAAUCUAUCUAUACUAUAAAACAAAAGUCAUGACUUAUUUCAUGUGUGAUAUUUUAAAAUGGAAAAUUCUUUAAAAUAUUUAUCAAUUUUUUACAUAGUUUAAUCAUCAUAUCUUUUAAUAUUUUUAUAUUUUACAUAAAAUACAAAUAAAUAUUGUUUAAGAAAAAUCUAAGAAAAUCUGUUCAGAAUCAUUUAAAAUUUUAUUUCUGAAAAUUAAUUAUUUUAAAUUUUAACUAUCAUAAAAUAUAAUUAGAAGUACAAAUUAAAUUUAUUUCUUAUGAACGAAAAUUAAAAUCAUAUAAAAUACUUUUAGAUAUAUUUUAAUGAUAAAAAAUUUAAAUUAAUUAGUUUUCGGAAAUAAAUUUUAUAAAGAUCUUAAAAAUAUUUGUUAUAUCCAUUUCUAUUUCAAAUAAAAAAAUCUUAUCUAAUUUUGUGUAUUUCAAGCAAUUUUUCAAAUAAGAUUUUUACUACAAAAUUAUUUUGCAUGUACAAUAUAUUAUAGUUUCUUUUAAAAAAAUAUUAUUGUUAUUUUUAACAAUAUCUCACAAUAUUUCUUCUCUAUUAUGUAAGUCUAAUUUAAUUUGACUUCCAUAUACAUUUCAAACUUAGAAAUAAAAUUAAAAAUUAUGUAAUACAGUAUUGUUACAUAAUAAUGUUCUCAAAAUAAUUAACAAUAUAAGCCACUUAAAUAUAGGCAUUAUAGAGUUAUAUAAUACAUAUAAAUUACAUUAAUUUAGUGAUAAUUGUUUUUAUAUAAACUAAAAUGUUUUAGUAUAAUAAACAAAAAAAUAUAGUAAUAAAAAUAUAAGUCACUUAAAUGUAGGCAUUAUAGAGUUAUAUAAUACAUAUAAAUUACAUUAAUUUAGUGAUAAUUGUUUUUAUAUAAACUAAAAUAUUUUAGUAUAAUAAACAAAAAAUUAUUGUAAUAACAAUAUAAAUCAUUUAAAUGUAGGCAUUAUAGAGUUAUAUAAUACAUAUAAAUUACAUUAGUUUAAUGAUAAAUGUUGUUAUAUAAACUAAAAUGUUUUAGUAAAAGAAGAAAAAACUCGCAUGGAUAUGCGGAUUAAGAUCUAGUUUUAUAAUUUAAAAUUAUUCUUCAUCACCCAAAUAAACAUUUACAAGUAUUAAAUACUCUCUCUGUUUAAUAAAGAUGUAUGUCUUAGAAAAUAAUAAUUUCAAAAAGAUACAUUUUUAUUUAUUUUUAUCAAAUAAGAAUUAUAAAUGAAAAUUUCAAAAGUAUUGAUUGCAUUUAUUAAAAUCUUAUUGGUUUUCAAAAGUAUGGGAAAUGGAGAACAUAAAAAAAAUGCAUAUUUUUGUCAUCACAAAAAACUAUGCAUUUAUAACUAUUUUUAUGCAUUUAUAACUAUGAUUUUACUAUGUUUUAUUAAUAUGUAUAAAAAUUAUAAAAUAUUCAUCAUUUUGAAAUAUAAUACUGUCUAGUGAUUUCAAUUUUAUUUACAACUAGGUGUUGAGUCUUUUUCUGCUCAUAUAUACGUCUUCUGUUCUCCAAUAUAAGUUGUUAAGAAUAAUUAUUUCAUUUUCUCUCAUUUCUACAAUUAUGAAAAGUUUAUAUAUACAUAUUAUAAUCAUUUGUGUUUUGAAGUUUUAUUAUUGGCUAAAAUUUUGUUUAAAGAUAAUAUUUUAUUGAAAUAUAAACGUCCAUUGCUUCUAAGUUUUUGUGUUUGUAGCUAAAUAUAUUUUUAUAAAAAGUAUAAAACUGAUAAAUUUAAUAUAUAAAAUUAAUUAAAAAUAAAAAAUAUUCUGUUGAAAUUACAAAUUUAAAGUUAUAAAAAGAAUUUUGUAACAAAGUAGAACUAUUUCUAUUUUCGGAGAAAACUAAGGCUACAAAUAAUCUUUAAUUGAAAAUUUUAAUAAUUUAAUAUAUAAAAAUAUAGUGAUUUUAAAAGGGAAUAUAAGUAUGAGAAAAUAUAAAAUUGAUUCUAUAAGUAUAUUACACCAUAUAUAUUGUGUAAAUGUUACAAUAUCAGUUAAGUAGACAAUGUUUAAUUAUUAUGAAAAAUCUCAGUACAUUUAAAAAUAACAAUACCUUUUCACAUCUUUUCGGAUAUUUUAGCCAAAAUAUAGAUUUUAUGUGAUCUAACUAGAAGUAUUGACAUUUUUUCUACUUCAGCUCCCUUAUCAACACAUUAACUUGACAAUUCACUAACAUUAAACUUAAUCUUAAUUUUGUUUUCAGUAACAUAUCUAAUAUUAUCUAUACUAUCAAAACAGAAUCACAACUUUAGAUCCAACUUGCUUAUAAGUGAAUUUUUUUUUUUUAAACUUAUACACUAUAAUAAUUUUCCUAACACACAUAUAAUGUUAAAACAUAAUUACAACUUUAGAUCAGACUUGCUUAUAAGUGGAAUUUUUUUUUUUUAAAAUUAUACACUAUAAUAAAUUCUCCGAACACAUUAAUAUUAAUAACACAUCAAAUCUAGCCUAAUUAUGGAAUGUAUUUUGGAUCAAUAUAUUUGUGGGCCAUAUUAAAAUAAUGUUUAUCGAUUUGAUUCUUAAUUACUUGCCUUUAAUUUUACAUCAAUAAUAGUAAAGUUUUCUUCUUAAUAUUUAUAAAUAUGAUUUGCAUCAUACAUAUUUCUAACAAUAUGGACUCUUUAUUUUACAUAAUUUAAUAUAUCCAACAAUAUCUGACACCAAGAGAGGAGAGACAACACCGAAACACAUUUAGCCAGCAGUUUAAAAAACAAAUAUUACUCUAAAUUACAACUCUGUUUUAUGUAAUAUUAAAAGAUCUUUAAUCCAACUUACUCUUAUUUUCUAAAUAUUUAUAUGAUCAUACUUUCAAUUUUUUUACUUCAUAUUAAACAUCCCCACCAUAAAAAUAUGAUAAAUGAUAUGAUAUUAUCAAUACCAUAAAGUUUUAUACAUAUUACUCUUAUUAUCAUUCAAAACUCUUUGGAUGAAAAUAUCCGAUAAAUAAUAAUUGGUUGACUAAUGUUGUUUGUAUAUUUAAUAUUAUGAUAUUAUUUAAAUUUUAUGUAACAACUUUCUAUUGUAUAUAUAACUUUCUAUUGUAUAUAAUAUUAUUAUUGUAUAUAUAAUAAUGUAGCUUAUGUUUUUCUUAAAUCAAAAUCAUUAAAAGAUAAAAAAAAAAUCAUUAAAGAUAUAUUUCCUUAUAAAAUACAAAUAUAUUCAUAAAUCUUAUUUCUCAUAUCUUAACGUUUGUUUGAACACUGAUUUGAUUAAAAACAUUCCACUAAGCUAGUUGGCGAUAGCAGUACCAUUAAGAGGGUGGCUUUAGCCAUAGCAUCAGUCAUCUAGUUUUGGACCCUAGGAAUGAAAUCGAAACUGAAAAUAUAUUGAUAGUGCGUCGAUGUCCCCAUAGAUUCCAUAGAUAUCCACCGGAGGAGCCUUCGAGGAGAUUGCUACUAAGAGAACUUGACAAUCUUACUUGAUGCAGAUUUUUGAUAAGCCAAAAUCCUUGGCAUUAAGGAGGGCAGAGCGCAUGGCGAGAGAUUCAGCCAUUAAAGGUGACAAGAUGUGGGACUCCAGCAAUGAUGCCUGUCUCAGAACGCGUCCAUCUGAGGUAGUAAUAAUCCAAACACAGCCUGCUCUUUUGUUGGUUUUGUUCCAUGAAGCAUCAGUGAAACAAUCCAGGCAGUCAUUAUGGUUGGUGAAGGUCCUGAAGGAUAUACGUCGUAGCUGAUAACCUGAGCGUUCGGUUGUCUAGUAACUUGCGCUUGUUGCCAUUCACGUGCCGAUCUGAUUGCGAGAUUAAGCGUGUCUUCUGUAGACUAUCAUAUCUGAACCAUCUCUACAAUCUGUUGAAAUGUGUAUUACUUUGCCAAAAUUAAUAACAUUAUUCAAUCCAAAAAUAUAUUAUAUAUGAAAAAAAAAUUCAAUACAGAACAUUAAGGCAUUUAACAAAAUCAGUAUGAGAUAUUACCAAGAAAAAUCAACAGAUUAUAUUUCGGGAAAUAUUUUUACUAUCCUAAAACAAUUCAAGCAACUAUUAUGGAAAAAAUAUCAUUUAUAACAAAAUAUUUAUAAUUUACAUUAAAAAAAUUUUGAGCAAAAUAUAACCCCGCCUUUAGAUACGCGUGACAAAAUCUUGUAAAUAUGCAACAUUAUUAAAACUCUUUUUAAAAUAUAGUAUACAAAAACAACAAAUCAUACACUUUCAAAUCUUAAUUAGAUAUAUUUUAUCAUUUUAUACUAACAAAAUAACUCUUAAUUAUUAGUAGUAUUGGACCAUCAUAAAAUUCAAAAAAAAAUAGUCAUGGUAGCUUUUAAGCAGAAACAAUUAAACCAAAAAUAUAUACCACACUUUAAAAGAAUCGGUCAAAAUUUAGUAAUUUCUUAAAUCCAACGCAUCUGCAUAUUUACGUCAUACAACACAACACGGAGAGAGAGAAAAUUCAAAUUAGCAUUGAAUGUAACGUAUAUUUUAUAUGUAUCGGAAAUGAAUUUUUAUAAUUGUAUGACAUAUGUCAAAAAGUUUUUAUAAAAUUAAAUGACUACUUUCAAAUAUUUAAAUUUGGGAUGAGGUUGAGAAAUAUUAUACUACUAUACAUAUAUACAAUCAAUUACAUUAUGUCAUAUGUAACCAACUUUUAUCUAAUAUUAAACUUAAGUACAUAGUUUUACAACAUACAUAUAUACAAGUGGAGAAACUAUGGAAAUUUUUUGAAAUAAUACUAAGACAAAAUGGAAAUUUGGAAUGAAUUAAUCAGAAGUUUAAUAUUUUGGUACUCAUUUGUCGAUAUUUCCAAAGGAUAAAAGUUAUUCAAUAUAUAACACCAUUUUUUAUAUAAAAUAUAUGCUUAAGACAAUUUAUAAAGUGUAUAUUAAUAACAUUUUAUAAAAUGCACUUCAUAUAAAAUAGUAUAUUAAUAUUAAUUUGUGUGCUUUCGUUUGAUCUCGCUAUAUAUAUAGUGAUGUACUUAUUUUUGUCACUAAUAAAAAUAUAUGUGAGUUAAAUAGGAUUGAUGACAACAUUAGCACAAACCAUGCACUAACUUAUUAAAUUGGAUUAAUUUAUCUUGAAUUGGUAUGGUUGUAUACAAAUAAAUUAUACCAUUUUAAAAAAAAAUUAAUAAAAACACGUAUUUGAUUAUGCUAGUCAUUUAAUCGAUAUAAAAAUAUGUUAGCUGUAAAUAAUUUUAAUAGAUUUUUUCUUAAUAACUUCGUAAAAAGGCAAAAAGAUAAACGUUUAUAACGUAUAUAAUUUUUGAUUUUAAGUUCUUAGUAACGGCCCUCGUGUUAUGAUUGUAUUUUGGGGUUUUCCUAUGAAUUCACUUUACUUUAUAUAUAUAUAUAUAUGGUCUCUUAGUUUUCUUUCUUUCACCAUCUUUGAAGCUUCUUUCUCUCUUUAUAUAAGACAUUCAUAAAAGCACCAUAAAUACACCAAAGCAAAAGAGGUAAAAUGAGCAUCCAAUUCAAUAUGACUAAUGCUCAAGAGGGUUUUAUGUGGGGCGUAUCCAGUUCUGAUGAUUCUGGAGGCGGUAGUAGAAGAAUCGAGACGCAACUACCUCUACUGCAACCUUCUCUUCUGUUAGAAAAUCCGAUCUCGAUGGAUAAGAAGGAUGCAAAAGGAAAGAAAAGGACGAAAAGAAAUGGAAAAAAUCAUGUUGAAGACUCACCUGAUCAUGAAAUACAUAUAUGGACCGAGAGAGAAAGGAGGAAGAAAAUGAGGGACAUGUUCUCUAAACUACAUGCUUUGCUUCCCCAGCUUCCUCCUAAGGCUGACAAAUCAACAAUUGUAGACGAAGCAGUGAGCUCCAUCAAAUCCCUUGAACAAACUUUGCAAAAGCUCCAAAUGAAAAAGCUCGAGAAACUUCAAUAUUCUUCUGCUUCGAACACAACUACUUCUCCUACAACUCUGCUCACACCAAUCUCACACCAUUCCCAAAUCCUUCCCGUAGGUGCCGCCCCAGCAGAUUGUUACUCUCGUGAAGCUUUCUUGGCCGAUCAGAUAUCUUCUUCCAUCACAAACCUGCCUUACCCUUGUAAUGACCCGACCGCUGCUUUCGAUAUUUGGUCCUCAAGUAACGUCGUGCUGAAUUUCUGUGGGAAUGAAGCUUUCUUCAAUAUUUGUUGCCCAAAAGACAAAUCAGGAGUUUUCACUAAUGUUUGUUACUUGUUUGAGAAGUACAACAUUGAAGUCGUGUUUGCUAAUGUCUCCUCUAAUGUUUACCGGAGCACCUACGUGAUCCAAGCACAGGUAAGUCCGAGUUAUGAGAAUCAGUUACUGGGAGAUGGAUUUGGAGUAGGGGAUAUUUUCAAGCAAGCUGCUAAUGAACUGGCCUUAUAUUUUUCAUCUCCUUGAAUUAUAAAUGGCUGCUUCGGGUUGAAUUCCUUUUCAGGUCAUUGGAUGAAUCUUCAGUUUUAAGUACUUUCAGGGUUUGUUUUUCACAAAGUCCCGGCUUUUUAUCGAUGUGCAUGCAGAGAUAAGUUUGGACUUUGCACUUUAUAACCCAUUAUUAUCAAAAGAAAAAAAACAAAGAAUAAGAGAAGAGAUAAGCUUCUUCGAACAUUGUUGUCUAGUGACUCUUUCGACAAUUUUAUUUUAUUUUCUUUGACCAAUGCAUUGGCAAGAACUGUCCUAUGGGAUGUUGAAGUGCAAUUUUCUUUUUGAGGGUUUAAAUUUAUUUCUUCUUUAACGUCUUAGAAAGAAAAAUAUUUACCCAUAGUUUGCCGAACAUCUUUUAACAAGAAAAGUAGCAAACAACGUCCAGUACGUACGUGUUUCCUGUCAAACCAAAAGCAAUGAGACGUAGAUAAAACGUAAAAAUAAAAAAGAAGAUUAAAGACAGCAUCUUUAUUAAAAAAAAACAUUGAACAAUCACAAGUACUGAAUAUCAAAGUCGUGAUUCUGACAUUCCAAAUCUACCCAAAACUUACAUACACAAACAUCGGUUAUGCUACAAUCUUUGUUUUCUUCACCAACUACUUUAUUUCUUUAUUUCUUGAUCCUCUUUUUAUUACUUCUAUUAUGAUGGCUAACACUAUUUACAGAAUAUUGACUAAGAUAUAUCACAACACUUUUCGGCUUGCUAGAACUCAAUUUUAAAACAUAUUGCAUCUAUACUUCUUCAACAAAAAAUCCGAUAAUUUUCCUUUUAAAAUUUUUGUUUCCUUGGAUACAUUCCAGCACAUUUUGAUUUUGGAUACAUUCCAACACAUUUUGAAAACUUUAAGACUAUAUGUAUUGGAAUGAAAAAUAUUUAUCCUAAAAGCUUAAUUGGUUUUGCCGAUAGCACCCACAAACACUACGGCUAGAAAACUUUAAGACUAGAGCUCGGCAAAAAAAUCAGAAUCCAAAGAAUCGAACCGAACUGAAUCUGAUCCAAAAAAAUAGUACUGAAUCUGAACCGUUAAAUAUUCAAAGGGGUUUAAAAUUCUGGUAUUUAGAGAACCGGAACUGAGCCCGAUCCGAACCAAAAUAUUUCGGGUAUUCGAAUGUAUCUAAAAUAUUUCGGGUACUCGAAUGUAUCCAAAAUAGAUUUAUAUACUUAAAUAUAUUAACUAUUUUAGAUUUAAUAUAUAAAAUAUUUAAAAUAUAAAAGAUAUGUUGCAGUUGUCCAAAAUAUAUGAAAAUAUAUAUAAAUAGUCAAAAGUAAAUGUCUAAAAUAGCUAAACAAUAAUCAAAACACCAAAAAUACUUGAAAUAUUUAUUGAUUCAUAUCCAAAUAUUCAAGUUAAACCAACUUAUAUGUUAAGUUUAGGUAUUUUAGCAUAUAUUAUUCAAAUUUAUAUGUAAUAUAUUAUUUUUAUUUUUAAUUUUUUAAAUUUUUUAAUGAUUUAUUAAUUUUAAAAUUUUAAAAUAAUUUAAAAAGAAUAUCCAAACCAAA